AUGGCGCCAGUAAUCGCAUCGGCGAAGAUCACGCUCUCUUGUCCACUGUUCGCCGCAGACUUCGACCCUCGAAAUCAUGGCCUUUUACUUGUAGGAGGUGGUGGAGGGGAAGGUCGCAGCGGUGUGGGAAACAAGAUUGCACUAUUGAACACUUCGAAGCGUCAAGAAAUAUCCGAAUUGGUCGACAUUCAACUCUCCCGCGACGAAGACUCGGUCACAUCACUAGCAAUCGCCGAAUCAAAGGAUGACUCCAUGAUAGCUCUUGCGGGUAUCAACAGUUCCCAAGCCGAACAGCUGAAAGGAAACAACCAGCACCUACGAUCAUUCCGACUAAAAUACCCGGUACGAAAAAGCGACACCCAAGACGAUACGACGGCAAACGCAGAGAAAACAGAUGGAAGAAAAACUACACCAUUGACUCAAAUCUCGCUAUUCGGUUCCAAUGUCGGCGGCAAGGACGGCAAGAAACCAGCCGGGAAAGUCGAUACAUAUCAGAGACUACUAAGGCUGUCUCCUUAUAAAGCGCCCGAACUACCCCGAAUAGGUGCAAUUGCGACUGGAUUGGCGCCCGCGGGAGAAAUUGUUCUUUUCAAUGCGACUUCACACCCUCAGACAUCAGACGUCAUUGGGCGAAUUCGCCUAGGAAACGGAGAGGAGGCUGAAGAUAUAGAUAUCAUCGAGUUGGAAGAUGGGAGGUUCUUGGUGGCAUACACCGAUGGAACGGACGUCUGCACAUUCGAGAUAUCAUCCUCACGAAGAUCGAACACAGCUCCUGAAAUCAAGACUGUUUUCACCAUGCCCGAAUCUCUGCCCAAACGCUCCAAAUAUAGAGCACUGCGGUUUCUUUCACCAACCGCCAUUCUACUUCUUCAAAACACCAUAGAUCGCACAGGCAGUGAACUUUCUAUACUGUCUAUACCAGGCAAUGGAAAAGGCACGAUUUUGCGUCGAAAACGGCUCCGAAAGUCCAUCAAAAUCGGCUUGAGUUUGGAUGUUGUCAAUUUCGGAGAGGGGCAGAACCACGAACGGCAAUAUUUCAUUGCUCUAGCAGGUAGUGAUCAGUCGAUUGAGACCCUGACACUCGAUUACUUGCCAGAUAAAGGGUAUGGAUCACUACAAGUAUUCUCAACGUUAAAGGACGUUCAUCCUUUCUCCAUGACAAAACUCUGCUUCUCCCAUUAUCGACCCCCAUCAUACCCGGUUACCGCCAACACACCUUCGCAAUACGUGAAGCUUGCCUCAAUUAGCCUUGGGAACACGGUAGUCGUGCACACAUUCCCCCUAUCGCCACAAAGGACUCUUGCAGGAAGAGAAACUUCAUCACCACGAUACGCGCUCAAGACUCCCGGACACUCGGAAACUCUGGAUACAGUAUUCUCUAUAUUUGUCGCUCUCCUUGUGAUUGCAAUCAGCUGUUUCUGCCUACAGGCCUUUACCGAAAUCAGAGGUCUGACACCCUCGUACCUGGGCGCUACGGCCUGGCUCCCCGACCGCGUCCGCGAGUCAAUUGCGAGACCAUAUCUUCGCGAUAUUAUCGUGGUGGAGAGCAUUGCACCUCAAGUCGCGACAAUCCCAUCUUCUUGCGCAGCUACAGCUUCAAGCAUUACACCAUCCAUUAUUACUGGUCAUCAUCUCCGUGACUUUCUCCAUGCUCGGAAGACGAGUAGCAGCCGUGAGACUCAACUAGAAGAAGGCGGCGCAUCUUCUACAAUCGACGCCGUCAUCGACAUUCUCGAAAUACCCACCCCAUCCCCUCCACUAAUCAUAAAACACAACCCCGAAGAAGACUCCAUAUACGCCCAUUAUCACCACGACCACGGGCAAGACGCUGCUGCUGCUGCUGCUGAUGAUGAUGAUGGCAAAUCCUCCGCUUCAUCGAUAGAAGAGAAGCAUCAAGUCAGGAAAUGGGAGGAUCUGCAACCAGAGCAACGCGAACGAUGGCGCCAUCGUCUUUCUGAGGCGGGUCACUGGGCCCUCGGGGAAGGCGACCAGGUUCUUCGGGGUAUAUUCUUUGGUGAGAUUGGUGGUAUUAUUGCUGCUGCUGCCGCUGGUGCAUGA